UUACGGAUACUCUCACUGACUUCCUUUUGGAGUGUUUCUUUGUUAUUAGAAUCGGGCACCAUCAUUCUCAUGGAAUCUCAUACAAUCGGUAUCGAGUAGCCUGAAACUUAGAUUUUUUUUGUAGAAUCUCCAAAGGUUAUUUUGGAAAACAAGCAUCAUUUUGGAAGCCGGCGGACUUCUUCAAACUUCUAUUCUAAAUUACAUAUUACAUGGCAGACAAAAAGAGAGCAAAGAAGAUUCAGAUGACCCAUACCAAACAUAACCAAAUGCUGGCCCAAAGGAUUGGAAAAUAUUCUCAGUCAGCUCAGAAGGCCAUCUACAAAUGCAAAUACAGUGCUCCAGAAACAAAGAUGGAAAAGAAAAAACGAGAGAGAAAUCCAUCUGCUAUCACAAAGCUGGUUGGGGGAGAUAAGAAUGGGAGUCACAGAGUAGUGAAACUCUGCAAAAUGCAACGAGAUUUCGGGGCAGAGUUUCAAGUGGGACCUAAUCAGAUCCAAUCGGUCAAUUCGCAAAGACAUGCAUUAGCAAUCUGGCGCAAACCUCAAAUGCUACAGCUUCUGAAGAAAGACGGAGUGGCUCUUAAGAGGCGCUUUCACCUUCAUUUAUGAGACUUCUUCCCUUUUCGUUGUGAUCCCACUAAAUUGUCUGGAAAAGGGACACAAGGUUUCCAACCGGGUGUAAACCAUGCAACCCCUGGGCCAUUGCUUUGGUUACCUGGGAAUUAUUGCAUCCUGGAAUAGUGCGCUCUGACAAACAAGGUUCAAAUAUCCGAGUGCGCAGCUUGGAAUCUCGCUAUCUUUGGAUUUUCAUACUUCAAAUUUUUGUACCACCUACUUCUUGUAUAACUCAUAUUAUACUUCUUGUAUAAUGUAUAUUAUACUUCUUGUGCAAUGCAAGAAAAGCUUUGGCAGCAUCCAGAGCAAGGGAGCAUAUAGCAUUAGGACACAUUUGCAAUACAAUAAAAAUAUGUGCCGUGUUUUUACGGUGUGCUGGCUACUCCUACAUGUUGGGAUUGAACUUACUACGCAC